AUCGAUUCCCAAUGGCUCUUCUUCAAUCAGUCUCCCGGCGUUUCAUGUCGAAAUUACAAGAAUUCCCUUCGAUUCAUCGUCGUUGUUAUCUGUCAAAAGCAGCAGCAGCAGCAUUCUCCACAACGGCCACCACCGCCGCCUCUGAUGAGGAUGAACUCAAGGCUAUGUACGAGAAAUACCUGAUUGACUUUGGCAAAACCGACUACAUGCCCCCGGAAGAGAAGGAGCAGAGGUUUGAGCUUUUUAAAGAAAAUCUCAAGUUUAUACAAGACUACAACUCCACUCAUCCUUUCAACAAGCUAGGACUCACCUCUGUCACAGAUUACUCCCUGCAUGAGAUUUGCGGUUUGGUCAUCCCACCUGAGGAGCCUUUGCCUCCAACCAACGGCGAUAACCUUUUACCAGCUUAUUUGAAGUUCCCGCAACAAAAACAUCCUCCCAUUGUCUUUAAGGAGGGGGACCGAUGGGAAUACUAUGUCCCCCCCGAAGAUGAAGAAGAAAACCGCGCAGCAACAGCAUCAUUCUCCACCACGGCCAACGCCUCUGAGGAUGAACUCCAGGCUAUGUACGAGAAAUACUUGAUUGACUUUGGCAAAACUGACUACAUGCCCCCGGAAGAGAAGGAGCAGAGGUUUGAGCUUUUUAAAGAAAAUCUCAAGUUUAUACAAGACUACAACUCCACUCAUCCUUUCGACAAGCUAGGACUCACCUCUGUCACAGAUUACUUCCCGCAUGAGAUUUGCGGUUUGGUCAUCCCACCUGAGGAGCCUUUGCCUCCAACCAACGACAAUAACCUUUUACCAGCUUAUUUGAAGUUCCCGCAACAAAAACAUCCUCCCUUUGUCUUUAAGGAGGGGGACCGAUGGGAAUACUAUGCCCCCCCCCCCGAAGAUGAAGAAGAAAACCGCGGUUAG